UGUGCAAUCAGGUAGGGCACUAUGACUGGACUUGAUUGUUUCUCUCUCUCAGUUGUGGACAGGCCUGGGAAACACAGGAAGCCCAUGACAGACACGAAACCACAGAGGAAAAAACAAUCAUGGAAAUUGAUCCUCAUCACCAUCCUCUGUGUACUAGUUAUUCUGGGUAUUCUGGCUGUAGCUGCAUAUUUCAUCGAGCAGCUGAUUAAAAGUAAAUACUUCUUCUGCUACAAGUCAUUGAAGUUCAUUCCACUAGACCAAGCCUGCAAUGGCAAACCAGAUUGCACAGGUGGAGAGGAUGAGUCUACAUGUGUGUCUGAAUUUGUAGCCAAUUCCACUUUUCCUGUACGGCUGGUCUCAAAUCUCUCCAUGCUUCAGAUAUACAGUGCUGAUGAAAACAGGUGGAGAAGUGUGUGUGCAGAGGGCUGGACUCAACAACACACUCAGGUGGCCUGUCAGCAGCUAGGAUACACAGCUAAUCCUUCUUACAGUACAGUCUUAGUGGAUGACCUGUCACCAGAACUGAAGAUGUUUUUCUAUGGGGUGGAAUCAGUCAGCACACACACAAUUCAGUCCAAUGUCACCAAAAAGAAUACAUGCAGUUCAGGUUCAGUUGUCACCUUAACCUGCUCAGACUGUGGUCCGGAGGCCCCGGGGAACCGGAUCGUUGGGGGCCAGGAUACACUCAUCGAGAACUGGCCAUGGCAGGUGAGCCUACAGUGGAGUGGCCAGCACCUGUGUGGAGGCUCCCUCGUGUCCCCAACCUGGGUCAUCACUGCGGCCCACUGCUUCUCUGGGAACAGGGAGGUGAGCAGAUGGUGGGUGUUGGCAGGCAGGACAUACAUGGGCUCUCUGGGAGGCUACUCUGUAGACAAGAUCAUCGUGAAUGGAGACUACAAUGCAGAAGUCAGUGACUAUGACCUGGCCAUGAUGAGACUCAGUAAACCAGCCACUCUGGGAGUCUCGGUGAGACCAGUGUGCCUCACAAAGCAUGAUCUGGGACUCAGAGGAGGAGCGCCACUGGUAGUGACUGGCUGGGGUACUCUGCAGGUGGACGGCCAGCCAGCCUCAACUCUGCAGAGGGCCAAUAUUCCUCUCAUUGACCAAGCUCAGUGUUCUGCAAUAUACGGUGCAAGCCUCACUCGCAGGAUGCUUUGUGCUGGGUACCUUCAGGGUAAAGUGGAUUCGUGCAAGGGGGAUAGUGGUGGUCCUCUGGUGUACUUUAAUGGUGAAUGGAUGUUGGUGGGCGUGGUGAGCUGGGGGGUGGGCUGUGCUAAAACAGGCUAUCCUGGCGUUUACUCGAAUGUUGAACAGAUGCUCAACUGGGUGUACUCUGUCAUGCAGCAGAACUCUUGA